GGGAAAUCCCCCCCCCCAACAGCAGGGGGCGCUGUUUGCUGCAUAAACAGGAAGUCUUUACGACAGCCGUAUUCUGUCACUGAGUAAACAAGAUGGCGUCGGGCAGUGGGUCCAAUAAGAAUGACUUCCGCCGGAAGUGGGACAAAGACGAGUAUGAAACUCUGGCUCAGAAACGACUGGCUGAGGAGAGAGACAGGGAGAGGAGAGAUGGUAAGACGGCCCCCCCCGUUAAGCGGGACCUCCUGCGCCACCGAGACUACAAAGUGGAUCUGGAGUCCAAACUGGGGAAAACCAUCGUCAUCACAAAGACCACUCCUCAGGCUGAGAUGGGGGGGUACUACUGUAACGUCUGUGACUGUGUCGUCAAAGACUCCAUCAACUUCCUGGAUCACAUCAACGGAAAGAAACACCAGAGGAAUCUUGGGAUGUCGAUGCGGGUGGAGCGCUCGUCUCUGGAUCAGGUGAAGAAACGAUUCGAGGUGAACAAGAAGAAGAUGGAGGAGAAGCAGAAGGAGUACGACUUUGAGGAGCGAAUGAAGGAGCUGAGGGAGGAGGAGGAGAAGGCGAAGGCCUACAAGAAGGAGAAGCAGAAGGAGCGGAAGCGUCGGGCGGAGGAGGACGUGGACUUUGAGGAGGAUGAUGAGAUGGCGGCGGUGAUGGGUUUCUCAGGCUUCGGCUCGUCCAAGAAGAGUCACUGACCCCCCCCCCCUCUCAUCCCCCCCACCCCCCUCUUCCUCAUCCGGACCACCAGGACUGGAACCUGGCUCUGGCUCUGGCUCCGGCUCCGGCCCCCCUCCCUCAGACAGCUGGAGUUUGAGACCAGAAUGAGACUCCUCAUACAGGAAGGAGUCCUGCGGCACAGUCUGGGUUCAGACUUUUAUUCUGAAAAUAUUCUUUACCCUCUCUACAGCCAGGCUCUUAUUUUGGUAGUGUGUCAGUAGUGAGAUCAGCAGCUUCCUGUGAGAGAGGUGAAGCUGCUGAGUGAAAUGCUGUCAGACGUACGGACAGGAGGACGAAACCAGACCACAAAACUUCCUUUAAGUUGGCGGCAAGUCUGUGAUGCGUUCAUGGUCAUCCAGAUACUUUGUUUGUUUGUGUUCAGAAGAAGUCGUUUUAUGUUUUCAUCUUUUCUCCUGCUCACAGAAACAGAUUAAAUAUAAAGUUUGCAUUCAGAAUAAAGAUAUUUAAUCGUGUUCAGUGUUUCUGAGGAAGAAAGAAAAACUCAAACUGUUUGUCACAACUUUAAAUUCACAUUUUAAUAAACUGUUUUCUUUUA